GAGGCUCCAAGAUGGCGACGGCCGCAGUUCCUCCUGCUGCAGCCUCCCCACCUCUGCAGUCCGGCGUCGCCUGCAGGGACUCCCGCUAGAGCCAAGCAAAGUUUGACUGUCGUGGGUGCUAUUUAAAUAAAAGAAGUUGCUGCAGGAUGAAAAGAUGGCAGCUCCGCUUAUGGCACCACCUGGCCCUGACAGCUUCAAAGCAUUUACUCGUGAAUCACUGGCUGCCAUUGAAAAACGUAUAGCAGAAGAGAAGAAAAAAAAGCCACCAAAGCCAGACAGUAGUCACAGAGAUGAUGAUGAAGAUAAUAAACCUGCACCAAACUCUGACCUGGAAGCAGGCAAAAGUUUGCCAUUUAUCUACGGCGAUGUUAAUCCGAAACUUCUUGCUGUGCCAAUUGAAGACUUAGACCCUUUUUAUUUAAACAAGAAAACCUUUAUAGUAUUAAACAAAGGAAAAACAAUCUUCAGAUUUAGUGCCGCGCCUGCAAUGUAUAUUUUAAGUCCUUUUAACCUAUUAAGGAGGAUAGCUAUUAAAAUUUUGAUACAUUCAGUAUUUAGCAUGAUCAUUAUGUGCACUAUUUUGACCAACUGCGUAUUCAUGACUUUUAGUAAUCCCCCAGAAUGGUCUAAACAAGUGGAGUACACCUUUACUGGAAUUUAUACAUUUGAAUCACUUGUAAAAAUGAUUGCAAGAGGUUUUUGUAUAGAUAGUUUUACAUUUUUGCGGGAUCCAUGGAAUUGGUUAGAUUUCAGCGUUAUUAUGAUGGCAUAUGUGACAGAGUUUGUGGACCUUGGGAAUGUCUCAGCGCUGAGAACAUUCAGAGUUCUCCGAGCUUUGAAAACUAUCUCUGUCAUUCCAGGUCUGAAGACCAUUGUGGGUGCCCUUAUUCAGUCUGUGAAGAAACUGUCAGAUGUAAUGAUUUUGACAGUGUUUUGCCUCAGUGUCUUCGCUUUAAUCGGUCUACAGCUUUUCAUGGGUCAUUUAAGAAGAAAAUGCGUUGUUUGGCCAAUCAACAUGGACGAGCAGUAUUUAGCCAAUGGCAGCAAAGGAUUCGAUUUUGAUGAAUACACGAACAAUGAUACAAACUUUUACACAGUGCCUGGAGCUAUCGAUCCAAUACUUUGUGGUAAUGGCACAGAUGCUGGGCAAUGUCCAGAGGGAUACACAUGCAUGAAAGCAGGCAGGAACCCCAACUAUGGUUAUACCAAUUUUGAUACCUUUAGCUGGGCCUUUCUUGCCUUAUUUCGCCUUAUGACUCAGGAUUAUUGGGAAAACUUGUACCAGUUAAUUCUGCGUGCUUCUGGGAAAACAUACAUGAUCUUCUUUAUUUUGGUCAUCUUUGUUGGCUCAUUUUACCUGGUAAAUUUGAUCCUGGCUGUGGUGGCCAUGGCUUAUGAAGAACAAAAUCAAGCAACUUUGGAGGAGGCAGAACAGAAGGAAAAUGAAUUCAAAGCAAUGCUGGAUCAACUGAAGAGAGCUCAAGAAGAACAGGCAGCAGCGAUGGCCACCUCAGCUGGUACUGUUACUGAGGAUCCGGCAGAGGAUGAAGAAGAAGGAGAUGCAAGAAUGUCUCAGACCUCUUCAGAAUUUUCCAAACCGAGUUCUAAAAGUGCAAAGGAAAGAAGGAAUCGUAGAAAGAAGCGAAAACAAAAAGAAUUGUCUGAAGGGGAGGAAAAGUGCGAUAAUGAGAAGGUUUACAAAUCUGAAUCAGAAGAUGGCAUGAGAAGAAAAGGUAUUUGGUAUCCUGACAAUAGGCUGGGACGAAAGUUUUCAAUAAUGGAUCAGUCUUUGCUAAGCAUCCCAGGCUCUCCCUACCUGUCCAGGCACAAUAGCAGAAGUAGCAUCUUUAGUUUUCGGAGAAGUUUCAGAGAACCUGAGACUGAAAAUGAGUUUGCAGAUGAUGAACAUAGCACGGUGGAGGAAAGUGAAGGGCGAAGAGAUUCUUUAUUUUUACCAGUCCGAGGUCACAACCGACGCAACAGUUACAACAGCGGAUACAGCCAGGGCAGUCGGUCCUCUCGCAUCUUUCCAAACCUACGAAGGAAUGUGAAGCGCAGCAGCGCAGUGGAUUGCAAUGGCGUGGUGUCAAUAAUUGGUGGUCCUGGCGCCAAUAUUCCUGGUGGACGUCUUCUGCCUGAGGUGAAAAUAGAUAAGGCAGCUACCGAUGACAGCCCUUCAACAGAGGUAGAGGUUAAAAAGAAACCUUCAGGAUCUUCUCUUCGUGUGUCAAUUGACCAGCUUAAUGCGUCAUUUGGAAAGAAACACAGAGCUAAUAGCGUCCUUAGUGUCCUGACACAAACUCUUGUGGAAGAACUGGAAGAGUCUCAGCGGAAGUGUCCACCUUGUUGGUACAAGUUUGCAGACACUUAUUUGAUAUGGACAUGCUGCCCUCUGUGGGUACAGAUCAAGACAAUAGUAAACAUGAUUGUAAUGGAUCCUUUUGUGGACUUGGCCAUAACCAUCUGUAUUGUCCUGAAUACUUUGUUCAUGGCAAUGGAGCACUAUCCAAUGACUGAGCAGUUUGAAGGUGUUUUAUUUGUAGGAAACUUGGUUUUUACUGGAAUUUUUACAGCGGAAAUGUUUUUGAAGCUGGUUGCAAUGGAUCCAUACUAUUAUUUUCAAGAGGGCUGGAACAUAUUUGACAGCUUUAUAGUGAGUCUCAGUUUAUUGGAAAUGGGUCUUCAAGGUGUUGAAGGCCUUUCGGUGUUACGGUCUUUUCGAUUGCUGAGAGUCUUCAAGCUGGCCAAGUCUUGGCCUACUCUAAACAUGCUUAUUAAAAUCAUUGGAAACUCUGUUGGUGCCCUGGGUAACCUGACCGUUGUCUUGGCCAUUAUCGUCUUCAUUUUUGCUGUAGUGGGAAUGCAGUUAUUCGGCAAAAGUUACAAGGAUUGUGUCUGUAAAAUAAAUCCAGAUUGUGUACUACCAAGAUGGCACAUGAACGAUUUUUUCCAUUCCUUCCUUAUUGUCUUCCGUGUUUUGUGUGGAGAAUGGAUUGAAACCAUGUGGGACUGCAUGGAGGUCGCAGGACAAGCAAUGUGUCUAUGUGUCUUCAUGAUGGUCAUGGUUAUUGGUAACUUAGUGGUGUUGAAUUUGUUCCUUGCUUUGUUACUGAGCUCUUUCAGUUCUGACAAUCUGGCAGCCACUGAUGAUGAUGGAGAGAUGAACAACCUCCAAAUAGCUGUCAUUCGGAUUAAAAAAGGCAUUGCAUGGAUUAAACUACAUGUCCACAACUUCAUACAAACACACUUUAAGAAGAAGGCUGGUGAUGAGAAACCUUUAGAUGACAUGUAUGAAAAGAAGAGCUGCUUGGUAAAUCAUGCAGGGGUUGAUAUCACUCGAGAUAUGGAAUAUCAGAAGAAUGGAAAUGGCACUACUAGUGGCAUUGGUAGCAGUGUUGAAAAGUAUAUGAUCGAUGAAGAUCAUAUGUCGUUCAUCAACAACCCAAACCUCACUGUCAAAGUGCCCAUCGCAUUAGGAGAGUCGGAUUUUGAGAAUCUUAACACAGAGGAUAUUAGCAGUGCAUCAGAUGAAGAAGGCAGUAAAGAUAAACUGGAUUACACAAGUUCUUCAGAAGGAAGUACCAUUGAUAUAAAACCAGAAGCAGAGGAAGUUCCAGUAGAACAGCCAGAAGAAUACCUGGAUCCAGAUAAUUGUUUUACAGAUGGUUGUGUGGCACGUUACAAGUGUCUUCAAGUUAGCGUAGAAGAGGGGAUUGGAAAGUCAUGGUGGACCCUUCGGAAAACCUGUUUUCUAAUAGUGGAGCAUAACUGGUUUGAAACCUUUAUCAUCUUCAUGAUUUUAUUAAGCUCUGGUGCUCUGGCAUUUGAAGACAUCUACAUAGAACAACGCAAAACCAUCAGAACAAUUCUCGAGUAUGCGGACAAAGUUUUUACUUAUAUUUUUAUCUUGGAGAUGUUACUGAAGUGGUUGGCUUAUGGAUUUGUCAAGUUUUUCACAAAUGCCUGGUGCUGGCUGGACUUCCUCAUUGUUGAUGUCUCUUUAGUAAGCCUUGUAGCUAAUGCCCUGGGCUACUCGGAACUAGGUGCCAUUAAGUCCCUUAGGACCUUAAGAGCUUUGAGACCCCUAAGAGCGUUGUCACGAUUUGAAGGGAUGAGGGUUGUAGUCAACGCUUUGGUUGGAGCUAUCCCUUCCAUUAUGAAUGUAUUGCUGGUCUGCCUUAUAUUUUGGCUGAUUUUCAGCAUCAUGGGUGUCAACCUAUUUGCUGGCAAAUACUACUACUGUUACAAUGAGACAGCUGAAGACAGAUUUCUAAUAGAAGAUGUAAACAAUCGGACAGAGUGUGAAAAUCUCAUAAAUCAGAACUUUACUGAAGUUAGAUGGAGAAAUGUAAAGAUUAACUUUGACAACGUUGGAGCUGGAUACCUUGCAUUGCUUCAAGUAGCUACAUUUAAAGGAUGGAUGGAUAUUAUGUAUGCAGCAGUAGACUCUAGAAGGGUCACAGAACAGCCAAAAUAUGAAGACAACAUCUAUAUGUAUAUUUAUUUUGUAAUUUUUAUAAUCUUUGGGUCUUUUUUCACCCUAAAUUUAUUCAUUGGUGUCAUCAUUGAUAACUUUAACCAACAGAAGAAAAAGUUUGGAGGUCAGGAUAUCUUUAUGACAGAAGAGCAGAAAAAAUACUACAAUGCUAUGAAGAAACUGGGCUCGAAGAAACCUCAGAAACCCAUCCCAAGGCCAUUGAAUAUAUGCCAAGGUGCCAUCUUUGAUUUGAUCACCCAACAAGCAUUUGAUAUAAUCAUUAUGAUUCUCAUCUGUCUGAACAUGGUCACCAUGAUGGUGGAAACAGAUGAUCAGACUGAUCAUACUGAGAAUGUCUUGUAUUGGGUUAAUGUGGUUUUUAUUGCCUUUUUUACCUCGGAGUGUGUGUUGAAGCUGUUUGCACUGAGACAUUACUACUUUACCAUCGGAUGGAAUAUUUUUGACUUUGUUGUAGUAAUUCUUUCUAUUGUUGGUAUGUUUCUGGCUGAUUUGAUUGAAAAGUACUUUGUAUCCCCGACGCUCUUCAGAGUCAUACGCUUGGCUCGUAUUGGUCGUAUACUCCGCUUAAUCAAAUCGGCCAAAGGAAUUCGAACCCUGCUUUUUGCCUUAAUGAUGUCCUUGCCGGCCUUGUUUAAUAUCGGCCUGCUACUAUUUCUCGUUAUGUUUAUAUUUUCAAUAUUUGGAAUGUCGAACUUUGGCUACGUAAAGAAGGAAGCAGGAAUAGAUGAUAUGUUCAACUUUGAGACUUUUGGCAAUAGCAUGAUUUGUUUAUUUCAGGUCACUACCUCUGCUGGCUGGGAUGGCUUAUUAUUACCCAUCUUAAACCGCCCCCCAGACUGUGAUCCUAAGAAGGAGAAUCCAGGAAAUCCCAUGCAAGGUGAUUGUGGAAACCCCUCUGUAGGAAUCUUUUUCUUUGUCAGCUAUAUCAUCAUCUCCUUUCUCAUAGUGGUAAACAUGUAUAUUGCUAUAAUCCUAGAAAAUUUUAGCGUUGCCACAGAAGAGAGCGCAGAUCCUCUAAGUGAGGAUGACUUUGAAACAUUUUAUGAAAUAUGGGAGAAAUUUGAUCCCGAUGCCACCCAAUUUAUCCAGUUCGGUAAACUCACAGAUUUUGCAGAUGCCUUGGAGCAUCCAUUGAGAGUUCCUAAGCCAAACACUAUUGAACUUAUUGCCAUGGAUUUGCCUAUGGUGAGUGGUGACAGAAUCCAUUGUUUAGAUAUCCUCUUUGCCUUUACCAAACGUGUGCUUGGAGAGAGUGGGGAGCUAGAUAUGUUGCGGCAGCAAAUGGAAGAGCGCUUUGUAGCUUCCAACCCUUCAAAAGUGUCUUAUGAGCCCAUCACCACUACGCUCAGGCGCAAACAGGAGGAUGUAUCAGCUGUGGUUAUACAGCAGGCCUACAGACGCCGUUUAACAAAACGAGGUAUUGUUUGUAGAAAACCUUCCUCAACUAAAAUGGAAAAUGGAGGAACAAAUACGGACAGAAAAGAAGGCACCCCUUCUACAGCAUCGCUGCCAUCAUAUGACAGUGUAACUAAACCUGAAAAAGAAAAACAAGAAAGAAUACAAGAAGCAAUGAGAGAAAGAGCGAAAAGACAAAAAUCUGUCAGGGAAUCCAAGUGUUGAAAAAAAUGUUAACAUUUCUCAUUUGCAAGCAAAGAUUGUUUACAAAUUUAAUAAUUAUAUCAAUGCAGAACAGCUAUGGAGACACUUAUCUGAAGAUCAAUACCAAACAAUCUGCUUAUUAUGACAUUGUUGCAUUUUAAGGCAGUGAAUCACCACCUGGUUAAAGGACAAAAACGAGGAAGUUGUACUGCAUGUCUCCCAUACACCAAUGCAACUUAGGAGAAAUGACCGGAGCUGCAAGGAAUAGUCCAAUUCCAGGGCAGCCAGAUGGAGUUUAUUUUCUCAUAUUAUUCUGAAAAAAAUCAGAAAAAGCACCACUUAGGGAUGUGAUUAUUCAUGCAAAACUAUAUUUGCAAUGUUACCUUAGUCAAGCAGCAAAACAAGACAAAAUAAAAAAAUAAAAAAAAACACAAAAAACCUGGGAAAAUAAAAAAACAACAAAAAACAACAACUUAACAUUAGGCCCAUGCCACAUGUCACAAUUUAUUUGAUAUAUCUGCAUAAUUUUUCUACAUGGGCUUCAUGUGAUUCGGGAGAUGGGAAAAUUGGGUUAUUUUUCUGGCUAAAGAGCAUUUGCUCAGGCCAAUUCCAAAAAGAAAAAAAAAAUUAAAUAAGUUGUGCUCGUUCAAUGCAUAGAAAUGACUUGCAUGAUGGCAUGCUGUGAUCAGGAAUCAUGCAUGAAGACUCAUAAAACACAAAACAUCAGUUCUCUGUCCACUGCAGUGGGAUAGCCAUAAGUUUGAGGCACUACACUGAAUACUGAACACUAUAUCUGGAGGCAACUUAAUAUAUACCCUUCACCAAUAUUUACCAAAUCUUCAAACUUUUACACGUCACGGUUAGGGAUUAAAGCAAGACAGAACGAUUUGUGUAUGUUUAAUAUAAAUACUUUAAAUAACAUCACUUUUGCACAUAUUACAAACAAAAUGAGAAAAAAAAGAAACUAGUUGCUGCUUAAGGUUUCCUUUACUGGGGUACUAUAAAAAAUAGUAAUAAAAAAACAAGAAAAUAGCUUCUAAUAUACUAUGUCACUGUAAACCAAAAUCUAGGGCUUAUGAAAUUCUGCUUUUUGUAUUUUACAAUGUUUUUAGUCUUCAUUCUACAGAGGGCAUAUAUUUAGCAGAAGCAAAGCUGCAAUAUUUAGAAAAGCCUUUAAUUGAGUAAAGAUCGUGGCACUGGGAUGUGUUUUUUGCAAUAUGCUUAUACUUUUGUAUAGGCGUUGUUUUAAGAAAAAGAUUGUUUUGUUUCGCUUGGGACAAUUCACAGCUUAGCACUUUAAAUGGCAUGUUUCACUUUGUCCUCAACUUUGAGUUGUAUUUUUUUCCUUUAUUUUUUAUGUUUUUUUUACAAAAAUGCAUUUGGCACCAUGUUUAUAGUUGCAAAUUUGACAAUGAUCAGAAUAAAAGGUUUAGUUCAAAUGACAAGUUUUAAGGUCUUGAGGUGUAACAAUGCAUUGUGAAAUGUAAUGAGUUCCAACACAUUUCAUAGCAAGAAAAUUUUGUUUUACAUAUAUUUCUUCAUUUCAUUACAUUUUUGUGUUUUUUGUGUUAACGAUGACUGAGAAUGUUGGAGACCAGAAAAUUAAGAAUGUGUUUCUAUUUUUAUUUUUUUUAUAUUCAUUUUUUAAAUAUUGUUUGAGACCUGGCUGGUGCUGCAGUAACAUUAUGCAAAAAAAAAAAAUGAAAGCUUGCUGUGUUCUGUAUUUUAUUAGCUGAUGCUGCUGAAAAUGCUAUGGAAUUGUGUGGUGUAAAUGGGGUCGAAGAAGAAAUCUGUUUUUGGUGUGGACCAAAUAAUUACCUGAUAUCUAACCAACACACAGAAUGCAUGAAAUAUCAUACUGUACACUCAUUUGUUUACUAGUUCAUGACUCGAUUUUCUGUUAAAACCCACUUGAACACUUUCAGCCAUACCUCGGUGCCAAGAGAAACACUUCCUAGUCUACUUCAAAUGCAGUGGCAUAGGUGAGCAUUAAACAAAGGAAAAUCUGAAGAAGGAACAGUUUCUAACUUCAUAGUGUGUUUCUAUUUAUUGCUCUCCAUUUACAGCUGAAAUAGGAUGUAUUAUAUAUCAACUCCAUACAUGUGUACAGGCUACAUUGUAAACAGCACAAAAAGCUGAAAAGUGUGGUUCAACUUUUUAAGAGGAUAUUAUAAAUGCUGUAAAAUAUCAUUUUAUUUUAUCGAAUUUUUUUUGUAAAUACGGAAAAUAUGACAAAUUAAACAAAAUAGCUUCUGGCGUAUGCCAUUGUCAUCUUUAUCAUUUAUUUUUUAUUUAUUUAAAAAAAAAUGCCAGGACAGUGUGAACUGUAUAUCUCAGAUGAUAAUACACCAAUAAGAUUAUGAGUCAUCUAUUCUCAUUCCAGUGUGCAAUAAAUAUUGACCACUUCUAUGCAACAUUUGGCUAUUCUUCAUAUAAAUAUAUUUCAGCUGUGAUAAGCCAAGUUGUUUUUAUAUAGCCACUUGCAACAAAUUGCUAAGGCUGGUGAUAUCACAAAGCUACAUUUUUGUAGGGUUUCUUACUUUAUUUUUAAGUGAAAGGGUCAGUCUACCCAAAAACAGAUAUUUCAGUUAAAGUUGGCGCUGGAUCAAACACUGGCUUCUUAGGUCACUAAGGGUCUGCUGCUAUGCAAGCUGCUAACCAGAGGUCUUUAACACUUCCAGCCAUACCUCUGUGCCAAGUGAAACACUUCCUACUCUACAUCAAAUGCAGUGGCAUUUAGGCUGCAAUCAUAAUAAAGGCAAACAAGAUCAUUUAAUUCCUGCUACAUUCCCUAUAAAUCCUGAUUCUGCUCUCAAGCCAUGCCAUUUUUUUUACUGCAGAAUGGGACUUAAUGUAAAACAAAAUUAAUCGGAAAUUGUGCUGUAAAUAAAGCUGUAUAACAUUAUUUAAAAAAAAAAACUUUUCUCUACUAUGUUCAUGUUUGUCUCCCUGCACUGUGCAAUUCCUGUAGACUUUUCUUGCAUGAAAUUCCUGUGGACAUAUACCCACUUUGGUAGCAGCAGAAUAUCAGUUUUACUGCAGUGGCAGAACACACUGUGUAUUGGCACAGCUGUCUCUAGUCUAACUUUGAAGCACACAGAAAAGGGGUGACAAUGAAGCUGCUAAACUGAGAAAGCAUUGUCACCCCAGAAAAGAAAGGGCUUGUGGAUACAUCUUGCACCAAGUAUUAUUUAAUUGAAAGCAAAAAAAAUGAAGGUCCUUGUGCCAAAAAACAUUUUAUGUAUGGGUUUAAAUUCAAACUUAAUGCUUCUUCAGUUUUUAGAAAUGUAGCAUCAGAAAAAGCGAAACCCCAAAAUAAAGGCAGCAUCAAGUUGGUGGACUUUGGUGCACAGAGAUCUAAUUUCUGGAGUCUUAUGGAAAGCCAUUACAUGAUGCAAGCUGCUAUACACUUCAUUGUUUGGUUGACUGACCCUUUAAGUACAUCUUUUUUAAAAUAUAUAGUCCAUACAAUGUAGUAAGUAAAUGAACUGAAGUAUCCCAUCUACAUUUCAGAAUAAUGUAAGCAAAUGCUGGCUGCUAGCUUUGUUUAAACUGUAGGUAGCAGAGUGACGCCAUCACCAGCAGUAAUGUGGCAGUAAACAGGCACUGAAAAAUUUGAUGUCUUACUUUUUUUGUAUGUCUUUAAUUUGGGCAAGGGAAGGGAUGAUGAAAAAUGAAGCUUCACUAAAUAAAAAAGUACCAAUGCAUUGUGUAGUUUGUCAUGCACUCUUUCUCCACUAUCCAAAAUAAAAUAAAUCAACUUUG